ACAGUUUGAAACAAACCAACAGGCUACUGUUGCUUCACUCACUCUCACUCUAGUCACCCGUUCUGGAAAUGUUGUGAGAGUGCUUUCUAAAUAUAACCGCAGAGAGAGAGCGGGAGAGAGAGACCACCUUUACAGCCUACUAAGGGUUCUCGCAUAGCUCACAUACACGGGCCUGGCAGGAGAGAAGGGUGUGAGGAGAGGAGACCGAGCGCAACUUUGACAAGUCCCAAAAUAAAACUUUUAGAGGGAGUUGAAACUUGCUGCGAACGGGACGACAGUCAAGGCAGCUGCAGCAGAGGAUGGAGGACGACGCCCCGCCUAAGAAGUCAGUGGCGGAGCUGGCUGGAAAGUUCAAAGCUCAUGCCCCUCCCAUCCCAAUGGGAACUGAUGGGAGUAAGCCUGUUAGGAGACGCCCCCCUCGAACCCUACAGCUCCCCAAGACCACAGCACAGGGACAGGUGGACGAGGAGAAACCCAUCUCACCGUCUCUGCAUCCUGCCAAAACCAAAAGGAACUCUGCUCUUAUUGAGAAACUGCAGGCUAACCUGGCGUUAUCCCCCUGUUCCCUCCUGCCCUCUCCUAAGAGCCCUGGGCUGAGACUGUUGCCCCCCUCCUUCACCCCCACCUCCCCCUGCUCCCCCACCCCUCCUGUUACUACGGUAACCCCCACCUCCCCAGUCAGCAGGGCACCCCUCCCUCGGUCGCUGAGCGAGGAAGAGACGCCUGCCACCUUUGAGGUCCCAGCCACACCCACUGAAGGAUCCCUACUGCCCAGUAUCAACAAGGGAAGAGCCCGCCUGUCCAUCCGGCGACGCCCACCUUCGAGACGACACAGGAAGUCCAGCGGAGAGGAAGGAGACGGGGCGACGGGUGAAGAGACGCCCCUAACUACAUCCGAUGACCCUGAGGCCAAAGUUGGGGAGGAAGAGAAGGGAGAGGAGGAGGAGGUGUUUGAGAAGGAAGUGGAAGAGAAGGAUGGCAAAAGAGCAGACACCACUUUGUCUACCAAAGCAAAGAUAGAGACAGGCUCCUCUAUCCCUGCUAACUCACAGCAACAGAUUACCACAACAGACAGCUCAACCACAGACACUGACCCACUGGAAAAGACAAAGUCAGAAAAAACGCUGGAGCCCCAGAGAGAGGAGAGACAGGAGAGACAGACAGGAGAGGAGAGACAGGAGGACAGACAGACAGCAGAGGAGAGACAGAAAGGAGAGGAGGUAAAAGAGUCUAGAGGAGAAGAGGUGAAAGAUUGUGGUCAGGGGUGUGGAGGAGGAGAGGAGAAGGAGAAGGGGAGGGAGAGUUGUUCAGUGGAGGAGUCAUCUACAGAAAGAGAGAAAGAGGAGGGGGAAGAGCUGGCCUGCAAAGAAAAGGAGGGAGAGAGGGAUACAGACUGCAACGAAGAGAAGGGGAACACCAAUCUCUGAUGGUCCGUAACCGCUCCAUGCCCCUGAUUUACAGAGUGGGAGACCCCCAUUGUGUGCACUAACUCCCCUCAUCCCAUAGCACAUACUGUAAUGGAAAAGGAGAGACUGGUAUGGACUGCAGACUAUGCCACUGGAUGGACUCCCUUUAGUCCUCUGCAUCUGGAAGGUCCUACACUCUAGCUUCGUCCCAAAUGGCACACUAUGCCCUAUAUAGUACAGUACGUUUCACCAGGUUCAAUAGGCCUCUGGUCUAAAGUAGUGCACUAUAUAGGGAAUAGGGUGUCAUUUGGGACAUAGUUAUGCACAUUUUUGGACAUAUUUUUGGUAAAUUCUUAUUUGGUGUCAGCCUGUGACUUUGUUAUCUUUAGGCAGAUUAAUGCAAGGGAUUUGCCUGUACAGCUUUUUUUUAUCCUUAUUUGGAUAGCUGUGCUUCCACACAGAAUGUUUUGGUGCUCCACUUGAUUCUGUGGGGGGCUCUUCAGCCUGUCCUACUCUGAUAAUCAAUCAUGUCCUACUCCUGACCAAAAGCCUGUGACUUGUCUGAUAAUCACUGAAUCUCUGUCUGUAUAUUUGGUUAAUUGAUCUCUGGCUGGACAAAUGGAAGUGGUAGAUAAUUUAUUAGUUUGCUCAUCUAUCACCGAUCAGAAACGCUUAGCAUGCAAUAAUGUAGCCUAAAUCAAUUGUAUUAUUUAUCUAUUGACUCACGUAGUAGCCUUAUAUAGAGCCUAGGCUUAUUUCCUAUUGUCCCAAUCCCACUGAAACCCAAAAUCCUGACUCCUGUCUUGCAUGAACAUUCCUAACUUUAUUCUGUAAUCCAUGUCUGGUAUUGCUGCCGAUGUGGGAGCUUCAGUAGAAUGUGUGAUCAACAAACGAUAGGCCAAUGAGAGUAGAUAUGGAAAUAUUUUUUAAACAGUUGGUCUCCGUUAAGAUACCUUGAUAUUUAAACAAUUUCCUCUCUUCAUCUCUUUGUUAUUCAUGGGCUGAUCUGCUAUCUGUAUAAUCAUCAGCCAAAUAGUCAUUAAUUGGAGGCUAUCUAGCAAGCUUAGCAACUUUGGACUUUUGUUUGGGCUCCCGAGUGGUACAGUGGUCUAAGACACUCAAUCUCAGUGCCAGAGAUGGACCAGAGAUUGUGCCAGAGAUUGUGCACUGUUCCAUAGGGCAGUGCACAAUUGGCCCAGCGUUGUUCGGGGUAGGCCGUCAUUGUAAAUAAGAUUUUGUUCUUAACUGACUUGCCAAGUUCAAUAAAGGUACAAUUUUAACAAAAAAUA